CCCGCCAUGCUGAAGCAGUAUGUUGUCCUGGCCCACGGGCCCCAGCGGCGGAACUUCACCAUGGAGAAGUUGAUGACCAUCGAGCAGGCCCUGCCCGGGUGCCUGCUCGCGUCGCCGGUCGACAUGCCGACCUUCCCGUCGCGCCACCUCAUGCUGAAGACCAACACCGUCAGCGACAAGCCGAUCUUCUUUUCACUGUCGGACACCUCGUCCACCCUGUCCAGCGGCCAGAUCGGUGCCGGUAAUUCGCACCGGAGCUUCUUUCCGGCGGACCAGCGGGACCCGGUGACGCUGGAGUUUGUCACCGAGCCGCCGGCCAUGGUGUCGAUCACCUUCCGCCUGGACAUCGUGGCGCAGCAGUCCAACAAGCGCGCGGCCGAGCGCGACCGCAUGUUCGACCACCGCGAGCUGGAGGAGGCCUACCGUAACCAUUUCGCCGAGGUGGCCCACACGUCGCAGGAGAUGAAGGUGUUCCAUUUCCAGGGGAACCUGCUGAAGCUGAACAUCGACGCGGUCAAUGUGAAGGGCGAUCAGGAUGGCGUGUCCGGUGUUCUGGUGGCCACGCCGCGGGCCGGCAUGGCGACCGCCACCCGGCUGGUGUUUAUCUCGGACAACCCGAAGAUCAUCCUGACAAAUGCGCCCCAGCGCGAGGCCUUCGACAGCAAGGUCAGCAUGACCGGCUACAACCUGGGCAUCGGUGGUCUGGAUGACAUUCUGGAUACCAUCCGCCGGCAUGCGUUGACGACGCGCAUGCUGCCGACGUCGGUCAUCAAGAAGUUCGGCAUCCAGCACUCGCGAGGCAUCAUCCUGCACGGGCCGCCGGGUACCGGUAAGACGCUGAUCGCGCGUGUCAUCUCCCAGUACAUCAAGGCGCACGAUGUGAAGAUUGUGAAUGGCCCGGAUUUGCUGUCCAAGUAUGUCGGUGAAUCGGAGAAGAAUGUCCGGCAGCUGUUCGAGCCGGCGAUCGAGGACCAGAAGACGUAUGGCGAGGAUGCGCGUCUGCAUGUGGUCAUCUUCGAUGAGUUCGACGCGCUGGCCAAGUCCCGGUCCAGCGGGUCGUCCGACUCGACCGGCGUCGGGGCCAACAUCGUCAAUCAGCUGCUGACCAUGCUGGACGGUGUCGGGCAGCUGAACAACAUCCUGAUCAUUGCCAUGACGAACCGCAUUGACCUGCUGGACACGGCCAUGCUGCGCCCCGGGCGCUUUGACAUCCAGGUGGAAAUCCCGCUGCCGGAUGAGGCUGGCCGGAUGGAAAUCCUGCGCAUCCACCUCCGGCCGUAUGUGGAGUCCGGGGGCCUGGCGCCGGAUGUGGACAUCGCCCGGCUGGCGGCGCUGACGGAGAACUUCAGCGGUGCGGAGCUGGCGAGCUUGGUCCGGCGGGGCUUCACCAAUGCCUCGGAGCGUCUGUUCACCCCGGCCUCGGAGGAGGGCGGGGCGGCGGUCUUCGACCCGGCCAGCCUGGAUGGCUUCGCCAUCACCCAGGCGGAUCUCCUCCGGGGGCUGGCGGGCAUUGCCUCGACCUUCGGCCGGGAUGAUCGCCUGCAGCUGUAUCGCACGCCGGGCUUUGUGGAUUUGCCUCUGGGCGAUGGGACCUUCUUUGGGGAGCACUUUGCCCAGCGCAUUCGCCGGCUGCUGGGCACCCCGGGCGGUGCGACGGUGCCGCUGCUGCUGCAUGGCGAUGCGGAGGGUGUCGGCUGCACGACCACCGCCGUGCACCAUGCCCUGCAGUCGGCGGUGAAGUUUGUGCGCAUCAUCGAUCCGACGUCGCCGACGUUGCAGAACACCAGCGAGAAGCUGGCUGCCAUCACGAACACCCUGCUGGAUGCAUACCGGUCGCCGGUGUCGAUUGUCAUCAUCUCCAAGCUGGAGCUCCUGCUGGAGUACUCCCGGCCGGAGGGCUGCGCGCCGGUGUACUCGAACCCGGUGCUGGUGCGGCUGCGGUCGGCCAUGCGGGCCGUUCCGCCGAAUGGCCACAAGGUCAUGCUCCUGUGCACCAGCAAUGAUGGGGACUUCCUUCGGACCAUGAAGCUGCGGGAGGCCUUCCGCGAGGCGUUCUGCGUGCCGCGCGUGUCGCGUGCUCUGCUGGAGGAUCGCUCUCGCUUUGAGCGUCUGUUCGAGGGCUACCUGGGUGGUGUGCCGAGCGACCAGCGCUCCAAGGUCCAUCAUGCGGUGGUCGAAGCCUCUGAGCGUGCUCGCUCGGACUCCAUCUCCAUGAUGUAUUUGGUGGAGAUGAUCAGCGAGUUCCGCCUGGCUGACCAGGAGUAAGUCCCCCCCCCCUCCCCCCUCCCGCCCUUCGGCGUCUGUGCGUGUGCCCUUCCGCCCCGUGUGUGCAGAUGCUGCACCUGUCCCCCGGCGGAGUGUCUCUCUCCCUCCCUCUCUCUCUC